AGGUGUGGGUGGGUGUGGGUGUGUGGGUGCGGGUGUAGAUAAAGAGACAGCAGAUACCCACACCCACACUCACACCAACACCCACACCCACACCCACACCCACACCCACACCCUUACAAUAUUACUCUAUUAAUAUUUGAUUCGUAGAGAUUUUUCAAUAAGUGUCUUAGAAGUAAAACUAAGUGAAUCUUUUAUUAUCUCAUUCUAACACUACACAAUUAUUCAAUUGGGUUUUUGUUCUUUAGUUAAAAUAUGAUUCACAUUGUAAACUAAUACUGUUCGUUAAUAGAUGUAUGGAAAUGUCUAUAUCUAAAUGAUUGAUUUUUAAUCCAUUGAGUCUAUUGGAAUAUUUCAAGUACGCAUCGGCGUCUAUUGCAGUGGGAAAAAAACAAAGUGACAUAAUUUACUUUCGUGAACAUCAUGUUGAAGUAUAAAAGAACAGCAAAAUAUUUUUUCAAUCAUUCUGCAUUGAUUAAUUUCUUUGCUCGUUCGAUGGCGAGCAAUGCCAUGUGGCUGACAAUUGUUUGUUUUUAGUUUUGUCAAUGUUGACCAAGAUAUAUCAAAAUAAAAAUACUGCAUUAUCAAUAAGUAUUUUAUUUUAUUUCGGAUAACAUCAAUCAAUUAUUCAAAGGACUUCACUACUUGAAUGUAGCCAAAACAGAGUCUAUGUCUUUCUUUUGAUUGACUACUCUUUCAUAAACAAUGAUCAAACAUAAGAUUUUUUUCUUUUAUUUUCAGAAACGAUCAUGUCAUCGGUAACCAUAAGUCAUAGCAGCUUAAUAUUUUACGAUGUUAGUACACGAACUGCAGACAGAGUAAUUACAGCAAUGAUCAGGAAACAUCUUUCCAAUGCACAUUGGACAAUCAAACGAGGAAUUCCUUAUCGUUAAGAUUUGUCUUUUAAGUCUAUUCAUUAUAACUGAGAUUUUAUUUUUCUGAUAGGUAAAAAUGGUGAAGAAUGUCAACGUAUUUUUAUCACUUUUGAUGAACCAGAAAGUAUAGAUGAGUUUAUGCAACAACGAACUUUCCAACUGAACGGACAACCUCUGAAAGUGACUCGAACUCUCCCAAAAUCAUGUCGACUCUCUGAUCGAUAUAGUACUGGUCUUAAAAUAAAGAUACAUGCAUCUGACAACAAUCCUACACAUAUCGGAAAACUCAAUGAAAAUGACUUGAAAAACUAUCUUCAACAAUUUGGUGAAGUUAUAAGUUGCAAAUGGACAAAUACAGAUCAGACUGAAGCAUUAUUUACAUUUGCACAUUAUGAUUCAGUUGAUAAAAUCGUUCUCCGCAAUCUAUCACCAAAAAUCAAAGGAGUAAAAAUUUUCCUUGAAAGAACUCGAACAGCUGAAGAUUAUAUAGCUCAUGAACCUUCCUAUGUCAUUCAUGUUACCAAUCUACCAUUUCGUGUGACAAGCGAAGAAAUAUCCAAGGUUUUUAAAGUUCCUAUUGGUGUUAUUCUUCUAUAUCCUUGUUUUCGUCUCGAACAAUCUCGUAUCGUUGAUGGACGAUCAUCAAGUGAAGCUUGGAUAACAAAUUUCACUAAUGAAAAAUUAGCACAAUCGUUGGCUCAGGAAAAAACAGGAAUGUUGAUAGGUAGGAACAAAAUUCAAUGCGAAGUUAUGCUUGAAUCAAUCAAUGAUGAAGAAUUGUGCGAACGUUUUCAAAAAUGUCAAUGUCCAUAUUCUACAGAUAAAUGCUAUUAUAAACAUAUCACUUGUUCUGAACCAGAUACUUGUGAUGAUAAAUCUUGUUGGUUAGGACAUAGUGACAAACGCACAACAAUAUCUAAUAGUAAUCGACCACAAUAUCGUAAGAUAAAAAUUUAUUGUCAUUUUUAUGAUUGUUUUAUCAUAUCUUGUGAUAAAAUAGGUUCAGAAGAUGCACCAUAUCGUGUCAAAAUUAGUAAUCUUCCUUCAAAUAUCACUCACGAAGAUCUGAUGAAACGAUUGAAGAUUCAUCCAAAAUCUUCACAUCAUCUGAUUCUUCAACCAGCAGAACAGUGUUCAGGUUCGCCAAGAAUGGCUUAUCUCAUACGUCAACCAUUGGAAAAUAAACUUCGACAACAAAUUGAUAAAUGGCAUAACACUUCGUUCUCAUUGGAGAUGCCACAAAAAAUCCAAUGUCAAUGGGAAAUCAACCAGGAUUUCUUCGAAUGGAACGACUCCGUUGAAAUGGUUCGAUCACUUGACAAUAGUCGAUGUUCAUCCCCUGUUUUGAGCAUUCAGAGUGUCUGUUCGCAUAGAACUAAGCCGAUACCAUGGCAUUCUUCGGCCUUUAGCACUAUCAGUUGCCAACAAAGUGUCUCAAAAAAAUCCUAUUUCGUUGAACAAUCAGAUGUGAGAAGGAUUGCGCCAAUAAAUCAAGAAAAUACACCAAAAAAGAAACAUACAAUCAAUUCUUUAAGAUCAGAAUCAAAAUUUCAUCAUCGUCAACCACCAUCAGAUAUGUCGAGCUGGCCAACACGAUGGCAAUGGACGAAUCAAAUGAUACCAAAGGAAGAGUCUGAUUGUGAUGUAUUGUACUGGCUUGAAAGUGAAUCUGUCAAAGAAAGAAAUAUUGUGAUAAAAAUUUAUUUGCCACAAACCAACCAAACAGCACGAAUACGUGCGCAACGUGAACAAGUAGCACUUGAACGUCUUAAACAGUUAAUCUGUGUACCAAAAUUGUUGCGUAGCAAUGUUCAUUCUGCGAAUGAUAAUCAAUCAAAUAAAGAAUUUUGGAAUAUCAUGAGAUUCAUUGAUGCUGAAAGGCUUUCGGAUUAUGUUAAAAACAACAAAGCUGAUCUUCGAGAAGCAUUGAAAAUCGCUCAACAACUUCUGACUAUUAUUAAGCAAAUUCAUGCUCAAAAUAUUAUUCAUCGUGAUAUUCAACCUAAAAACAUCCUAGUUCAAUAUCGAUCGAAUAGUGAUGAGAUCAGUUUGAUUUUGAUGAAUUUUAGUUCAGCUUGGAUCAAUAAUUACCAAUGGACAAAUUCUGAAGAAAAUAUUGAUGUUGAGUUAGGUAAUAGUUUUUAUCAAAUGCCACAAUUUGAAAAACGACAAAAUGAGAACAAUGACGAGCAACUCAGAGAAUAUCAACGUAGUCCUAAAAUUGAUACUACUGGUAUUCCUGAACACAUAAUGAAGCAUCUUACACUUAUAUUUGAUCGUGGUUUUGGUGAUCCUAAUCAACAAUGGUCAGUAGAUGAACUUGACUAUCAACUUCAAUUUAUGUUGACAUUAAUUACAAAUGAAAACGAACAAGUCAAUUAUUUUCCUGCUCCUCAAAUCAUAAACAGUAUCAUUUUAUCGCCUUCUAUUCCAUUGGAAGAUCCUUUCGUCUAUGUUAUAUCAUUGAUUCAUCACUUGAAACAUCAAUUUGCGACUCGUUAUUCAAAAUGUGUUCGUUGGUCGACAGAGAAAAAAAAUAGUUGGAAUGCUCAAAAUGGACGCAUAGAAAACUACGAUUUACUAAUCUUUUCUUGUCAAGAAAAAAAUUUUCAAAUUGAUAUUUCAAGUGAUGAAUCAAUGAUAUAA